AUGGAGGAGCUUUGUGCAAAGGGACUUUUUGCAAUUUUCAAAGGAUAUGGUUUGAUGUUGGAGGUGGCAAUACCGCCAAAAAGAGACAACAAGGGCAGUAGAUAUGGCUUUGUGAGGUUUAGGAAGGUGAACAACGAAAGAGAAUUAGCAAUCAAGCUGGAUAACAUAUUCAUCAGUGAAAGAAAACUCUAUGCAAAUAUACCUAGGUUUAACAGAGUUAGAAAGGAUUACGUAAAAGUUGAUCAAGUUGGGGUGGAUGCGAAGGGUGUAGCGGAAGUCACGUACAAGGAGGAUGGUUAUCGUGAAGACGAUAAGAACAACAAAGCAAGAAGAGGAGAAACAUCAUAUGUCAAUAUGGUAAAAGGAAAUAUGGGAAAUGACAUAAGAUUUAUGGAAGGACAAGGGAAGAAUAUCAAGGCACAAGAAAAGGAAAGAAACAUAUUAUGGUGGUGUGGAAGAGAGAAAAUGUCGAGAUUUGCUCACCUUCAGAUUAAUAUAGAAGAAGCUGAGAUGUCAAGGUUUGAGAAAGCUUAUGUUGGGGUUGUGGAAACGUCGGGUAUAACAUACAAUAUACAAGAAGCCUUCCAUACAGAAGGUUAUUUCAAGGUAAAAGCCACACCUUUGGGAGUCAAUCUUUGUCUGUUGGAGAAGCAUGAGGAAGGUGAGACUAAAGCACUUAUUGAGGAAGCUAAGGACUGGGUUGGGCAAUUGUUUUCAGACAUCCAUCCCUGGUCUCCAGGAGAUGUCGACAAUGAAAGGUUAACAUGGAUGAGAGGUUAUGAAUUACCAUGUCAUGCUUGGUACCCAAAAGUGUUUGAAUUCAUUUCAAGUCUGGUGGGUAUAUAUGUUUGUUCAGAUGAUGAAACACGUGAACACAAAAGAAUGGAUGUUGCGAGAUUUCUUGUUAGGACCAAAUAUUCUCUUGUGUUGAAUGAAACUAUAAAUGUGGAAAUCAAUGAUCAAGUUUAUCAAAUCAAGCUGGUGAAGGACAUGCAUGGCCCUAAACGCAUUAUCGUCCCCAAUGAAUGCAAUAAAGAUGAUCCUUCUGAAGAUUCCAAUUCGGAGGAAAAAGAUGGGGAGGAUAGCGCGUGGAAUGAAAAGGAGGAACACGAGAGUGAGGGGUGA